AUGGCGGAUUUCAAUGUUCGCCAUGGAAGCUUUGCUAGCCUAUUCCACAAUGUUAGAGUUCUGAACCCUGGCAGUGUUCCUCCUGCUUCAAAUUCAAGGCUAUCACCUCUUCCUCCUGAACCUGCUGACUUUUACAAUGAUCGGGGAGCGACAAUAGAUAUUCCUCUUGAUUCAUCAAGGGAUAUAAAGAAAAAGGAAAAGGAACUCCAAGCAAAGGAGGCAGAAUUAAACAAGAGAGAAAAGGAACUAAAACGAAGAGAAGAAGCUGCAUCUCGUGCUGGAAUCGUUAUAGAGGAGAAAAAUUGGCCACCAUUUUUCCCCAUUAUUCAUCAUGAUAUUGCAAAUGAAAUUCCAAUCCACCUUCAAAGGUUGCAGUAUUUUGCAUUUGCGUCGUUGUUAGGGUUAUUUUUGUGCCUAUUUUGGAAUAUCAUAUCAGUUACUGCAGCUUGGAUCAAAGGAGAAGGUGUGAAGAUCUGGUUUCUUGCAAUUAUCUAUUUUAUCUCGGGUGUUCCUGGGGCUUAUGUUUUGUGGUAUAGACCUCUUUAUCGAGCCAUGAGGACGGAAAGUGCUUUGAAGUUUGGAUGGUUUUUUCUGUUUUAUAUGCUUCACAUUGUCUUUGUCAUCUUCGCAGCAGUGGCUCCUCCAAUAUUUUUCAAGGGGAAAUCCUUGACGGGUAUUUUGCCAGCCAUAGAUGUCAUUGGUGAUCAUGUCAUUAUUGGGAUCUUCUACUUCAUCGGCUUUGGAUUCUUCUGCAUCGAAGCUCUUCUCAGCAUUUGGGUCAUUCAGCAAGUAUACAUGUAUUUCCGAGGGAGCGGGAAAGCUGCAGAGAUGAAGCGGGAAGCUGCCCGAGGUGCCAUGAGGGCAGCAAUGUAAUACAGGCAUCGUAUAUCUCGGCUCCAGUGUUGCUGGUCAGUGAGAAAGUCUUUAUCUGUUAGUGCAACAGGCAGGAGAUAUCUUCUUACAUAUCGGUUGUCUGUUUUUGCCAAUGUUAUAUAAGUUUUCUUGAUUUAUGUGGAAAUUACCUUGUAGAUGUGGUAUAGCACAAUGGUGGAUCCUUUUUCUUCUUUUUCGCGUACUGGAGGUAUACUGCAGCUUUGAGACCAUGUUUGUGAUGUUGGAUAUGUUUAUCUUUUUUUUUUUUUUUUUUGUUUUUUUUCUAUGUUUUUUUUUUUUUUUUUUUUUUUUGUUCUUUUUCCCUAGUUGUGGUGUAGUAGUAGUGCAGGAACAGGUUGUUGCAUAUUUGUUCGAACAGAAGCAACUUCAUUGUGUAUGAUUUACUUUGUUUAAGAUAUUUUCACAUGUUGCUGCGUAUUUUUAUGAACGGAAGGGCAAUCUCAUUGUGUAUUAAUUAUAUUUUAAGCACGAUAUUCUUGUCAACAUUAUAAA